AUGGCUUCGCAGGGCUCCCAGGCCGCGCGUAGUAGCAGCGCCUCAGGUCAAAACAGCAGCCAAGGUCGUCGACGGAGAACAACUUGUUACUGUGGGGAGAGGCCAGUGCUUGCGACUUCGUCAACGGUAGAGAAUCUGGGACGGAGGUUCUGGGGCUGUGUUAACUAUGGGAUUGGAGAAGAGUGUGGGUACUUUGUGUGGGCAGAGUCGGAGCAAGAGCCACAAGUUGCUCGAUUGAAAAGAAGAAUCACAGGCUUGAAGGGUAAAGUGAAAACAGUUGAGAGGAUGUUGAGAAUGGCAGUAGCAGUUGGUCUGGUUGGAUGGACAUGUGCUAUAAUAUUACUGUGUGAAAAAUAUUCAUCAACAAGAAAUGGGAGGUUCUUUUUGCAAUAA